AUGCGGUUCCUGCAAGAGCAAUGGCCACGUAUGGAUCUCGACCAGACAGUGCUAAUGGAUGAAACGGCCGUGUACUCCGAAGACGCACGCAACCAGACAGUUGACAUUGUUGGUGCUCGUCACGUGAUUGUUCGCUCAACAGGGUUUGCAUCCAUGCGCAUCAGUGUCAUUCUUGCGGCGAGCGCAGCCGGCAAGAAACUGCCACCAAUCUUGAUCUGGAAAGGAGCUGACAAGGCCAGCUUUGAGAAAAUUGAUGAAGUGUACUUCACGUACCAGAAGAAGGCGUCGGUUGACAGUUCGCAUCUCAAGCGCUGGACCGAUUUGCAGUUCCCUAUGGUAAAUGUCAGCAAUAGUGAGUUUUUGAUUUGGGACUCGAUGAGAGCUUACAUCUCGAAGGAAGUCAAGGCAAAGUGUCAGACGCGCGACAUCAAGAUGUGUGUAAUUCUUGGUGGACUCACUUCUUAUCUUAAGGCUGGUGAUAUCGGCAUCUAUCGAUACUUCAAGGACAUUUUGCCGCCACCAGUGAAGUCAGUGUGUUUGUGGGUGCGCAAGGCAUGGGCACAGAUCGAUGAAGACGCUGUCGUUAACUUUAUCAUUGGUGCUGGCUUUACCUACAACUACCAAGACUGGUUUGCUGCUCGACAUGACGUGUACGGUACGUUGCUUCGAGAAAGCUACAAGACGGACGGUGACAGCAGUGUGGAUGCUGAUGUCUUCAACCUUGACGUUCUGGACGAGGCUUUUGAUGAAAUUGGAGUUGUGAUUAAUGAAAAGGAAGCAGUCCCUAAAAACACAAAGGAGAACUGCCUCACUUCAGCACAGUUUUGA